AUCAUCUUCACUCUAUGUUAGAAAGAAAGAAAUAUUUGAAUGAUUCCACACUUUUAAAAACAAGAUUGCACGCUGGUGGAAAUUGUUUAUAUAUGCUGAUGAUACCAUAAACUCAUAAAUUGUUAAACAAAUAUUCAAGAAUUUCAUGAUGGGCUGUGGAUAUUAAGCAUGACCAAGUCCAGAAGCUUUCUUCAAGCUCUCAAUCCCUUCAAAUCUCGUUCAAGAAGAGGAGGAGAAGAGGAUGUGGAGACAGUUGCUUCUCAAGAACAGAAACAAUUCACUUUGCAUACCUUGGUGGUUGCUACCAAGGAUUUUCAUCCCAGUAAUAAGCUAGGACAAGGUGGCUUUGGCCCAGUUUUCAAGGGGAAGUUGGAUGAUGGGAGAUUGAUUGCUGUCAAGAAGCUUUCGCAAAGCUCAUCUCAAGGGAAGAGGGAAUUUUUGAAUGAGGCGAAAUUGUUAGCCCGUGUUCAGCAUCGAAAUGUUGUUACCUUGCUAGGUUAUUGUGCUCAUGGUGUUGAGAAAUUGCUAGUGUAUGAAUAUGUUGCUAAUGAGAGCCUUUACAAACUUCUAUUCAAAUCUGGAAGACGAGAAGAAUUUGAUUGGAAGAAAAGGUAUGACACGAUAACAGGUGUUGCUCAGGGUUUGCUUUACCUACACGAGGAUGCACACACUUGCAUCAUCCACCGGGAUAUUAAGGCCAGUAAUAUUCUUCUAGAUGAUAAGUGGAGAGCAAAGAUUGCUGACUUUGGCAUGGCAAGACUCUAUCCUGAAGAUAAAACCCACGUUAACACCCGGGUUGCUGGCACUACCGGGUACAUGGCCCCAGAGUAUGUUAUGAAUGGAAAUCUAUCUAUCAAAGCAGAUGUCUAUAGUUUUGGUGUUCUGCUCCUGGAAAUCAUCAGUGGACAGAAGAAUUCAUCUUUCAACCUAGAUCCUGAUUCCCAGAGUUUACUCGAUUGGGUAUACAAACUUUACAAAUUGGAUAGAACUUUAGAGGUUGUGGACGCAGCAUUGGCUUCUACAGUGGUUCCAGCACAUGCAGAAUUGUGCAUAAAAAUCGGAUUGUUGUGCACCCAAUCUGAUCCUCACUUACGUCCUACCAUGCGUCGAGUGGUUGUAGUGCUGUCACAGAAGCCAGUAACACUUGAAGAGCCAACAAAACCAGGAUACGUUGGUGCAACGUAUAGAAGGAACCGGAGGCAUAAUGCUUCUUCUUCCACAGCCAGGGCCAAUUCUAGUUCUCAGUCUUUUGGUUCACUCACAAAUUCCAACACUGCUUCUCUAUCGGCUACUGCUACAACUAGCGGUACUGCAACUGCAACUGUUACUGAAGCUGCUAGGAGAUCAGCUCUAACAAAUUCUUCAAGAUUAGCAGACCCUCGUGGUAAGCGGCCUGUGGAAGAUUAGGUUAGUCCAAUUUAUUCGGUUUUUCGGUGUUAUUCUUUGAAUGUAGAUAAUAGGUUGUUGGUAAAUGCACCUUCUUAGGCAAAUUGUACUUGUUAGCAUCCUCCAGAGGCUAGUUUUACUCAGAAACAGGACAUUGAAUAAUUUGUCAGAAAAUGAAGAGAAAUAGAACAGUUUUUUUGUAAGUUGGACUUCAAGAUUGGCUACUUUGCUCUGUAAUGGAGCAAGCCAUGAAGUUUCAAAUGUUUUUGCACGAA